AUGGCAGGCAAUGGCCUGCCAUCUUUGGGCCGUGUGAAGCUUAGCGAUCUAGUUCCCUCUGAAGGCCUUCCUACUGACUCUUAUAAACUAUCUGUAACAACUUUGUCGCAAUCGCUUGUCCAAUAUUCUGCUGCUAUCAUUCAGUUUUCAUCAAGCGAUGGAGCUCUCUUAAGAUCUGGUUUGGAUUCUGCUCGCUUGUAUUUUCAUCAACGAUCGUCAUUUCCAGCUCCAGAUAUGAUUCACACCAACGAUUCUCGCGAAUGGUGCAAGACAUCGGGUUACUACACGGAUCCUCAGCUGUGGCAGGAAACCUAUGAUUAUAGACCUGGACUGACUCCUAUAGAGCCCAACAAUACAAUGGAAAUUCCUCCAGGAGGUUUGCCUGACAUAUUUUCCUUGCUUGGAAAGGCAGCGAGGGAUAUACUGGAUGCCAUCAGCUUCUAUUUAAACUUGCGUAGCUCACCAUUUACUGAAAUACUUGAUAACAUUCCCUUGAGAAACAGGGAAAUAUCGUCUUCUGUGUUGUCUGUUUGCUGUCAUGCAAGGCCAUCUUUUCAGGUUGCACAACACCAUAAUUUAACAACCCAAGAGGAUGGGCAGCUGGUUAUGUAUCCAGACCAUGAGCACCAAGUGGAUAAAAGCCUAAUAUCUCUUGUCAAGUCAGAUAAGGCAGGUUUACAUGUAAGAGACGUUCAUGGUCGGUGGGUUCUUGUGGACGGUGAUCUUGGUCCUCAAGAAGCCAUUGUUUACCCUGGUCUUGCUCUCUACCAGGCAACUGCAGGCUAUGUCAACCCGGCACUGCUCAGAACAGAGGUUAAUAGUAUGCAGGGUAACAUGUAUGGACGUUGUUCUUUGGCUUUUAAACUUAUGCCAAAAUCUAUGACUAGUCUCAAUUGUUCGGAAAUGAGAGCUGCUGGCCAUGGUGUUGAAGCUCAAUUUCAGCUACCGAUACCAGUGGAUGAUUUCAUGCAGAGAUCCCAUCCCACUGAUCAGCUCUUUAACAGACAUAAUUUUCAGAGUUUCAGUUUCCCUACGGCGCAGAAUGGUAUGCAACACUUCGAUAGCGUCCCUGUUUUGGUUUCUUAA